AUGGACGGACGCCUGCCUCGGGCUGCCUUCGUCGACCCCCAAGCUCACCCGGAGCAAGAAGCCGCCCGCCAGCUGCCAUGCAGCCUCCUCACCCGCUCCUGCCGGCAAGCAAAAACCCCAGCCGGCGUGGGCUCCUUGGAAACGGUCAUCAGUGCCUCGUCAGUGCCGUGGUGGCCACGGCUUCUGCAGCACCUGAUACAGACGGAGAGAGCGGGGCGUGGCUGGGCCGGGGGUCAGCCUCCCCGCGAGGGGCGCAGGGGCUCUGCCGUGCCCGGAAUGCGGCCCGGACCCUCGGGAGUGGCCCCCUUCCCCUCGCCCCGUCUGUGUAUGAUGCGUGAGGUGAUGCCAACCAUCAGUGAAGCCGAAGGCUCCCCAGGAGGAAGUGGGAGCCAUGCAUCCGGCUCCCCUUCACAGGCAGACACAGAUUCACAUUUUGAACAGUUGAUGGUCUCCAUGCUAGAAGAAAGGGACCGACUUCUUGACACUCUUAGAGAGACUCAAGAAACGCUGGCAUUAACCCAGGAGAAAUUACACGAAGUUGGCCACGAAAGAGAUUCCUUGCAGAGACAGCUCAAUACUGCACUUCCACAGGAGUUUGCUGCAUGUACAAAGGAACUGAAUGCAUGCAGCAAACAGCUUCUUGAAAGGGAAGAAGAAAUUGCUGAACUGAAAGCAGAAAGGAACAACACCAGGCUGCUUUUAGAACAUUUGGAAUGCCUUGUCUCUAGGCACGAGAGGUCUCUCAGGAUGACCGUGGUGAAGAGACAGGCACGGUCCCCAACACGUGUGUCCCGCGAAGUCGAAGUGCUCAGAGCACUGAAGUCGUUGUUUGAGCACCACAAAGCUCUGGAUGAAAAGGUGAGAGAGAGAUUACGAGUAGCACUUGAAAGGUGUAGUUCGUUAGAAGAAGAAUCAGGUGCCACACACAAAGAGCUAAUGAUUCUUAAAGAACAAAAUGAUCAGAAAAAAACACUAACAGAUGGAGCACUUGACAUGAGCCAUGAACAAGAAAAUACCCCGAGCAUGAAUGGAAAGAGAUCUUCUGAUGGUUCGUUAAGCCACGAGGAGGACCUUGCUAAAGUAACAGAGCUCCAGGCAGUCAUAGACAAGCAACUGAGGGAGCAGAGCCAAAUGAAAGAGCGCCUGGCCGCCCUCUCCAGUCACGUGGUGGAGCUGGAGGAAGAUCUCUACACGGCCAGGGAAGACUUGAUCAAUUCUGAGGAAAUGAACACGAAAUUGCAACGGGAAAUCUGUGAAGCCAUGGCCCAAAAAGAAGACAUGGAAGAGAGAAUCACUACUCUUGAAAAACGCUACCUCGCUGCACAGCGUGAAGCCACGUCUGUGCAUGACCUCAAUGAUAAACUUGAAAAUGAAAUUGCAAACAAAGACUCUAUGCAUCGACAGACUGAGGAUAAAAACCGCCAGUUACAGGAACGGCUGGAAUUAGCGGAGCAAAAGCUGCAGCAGACCAUGAGGAAAGCCGAGACACUCCCGGAGGUGGAGGCGGAGCUGGCCCAGAGGGUGGCAGCGCUCUCGAAGGCUGAAGAGAGACACCGCAACAUUGAAGAAAAGUUAAGACAGAUGGAGGUGCAGCUGGAGGAAAAGAACCAAGAACUGCAGCGGGCAAGGCAGAGAGAAAAAAUGAAUGAAGAGCAUAAUAAACGUUUAUCAGACACUGUUGACAAGCUACUUUCAGAAUCUAAUGAGAGGCUCCAGCUUCAUCUGGAAGAGAGAAUGGCUGCUCUAGAAGAUAAGAAUUCUCUGUUACGAGAAGUUGAAAAUGCAAAAAAGCAAUUUGCUGAACUAGACCAAAUGAGACUAAGAGGUGCUUCACUUCAUCAUGGCCGACCCCACUUGGGCAGUGUCCUGGAUUUCACGUUCCCUGUGGCAGGCAGUCACACAGAUUCCUACAGCACCAGUGCAGUGUUGUGGCGCCCCCAGAAAGGCCGCCUAGCUGCUCUAUGGGAUGAGCCUUCCAAGGUACAAACUCUUAAUGAACAGGAUUGGGAACAUGCCCAGCAGGAUAGUGUCUUAUCAAAUGUAGCACAAGCUUUUGAGAGCCAUAUCGAUGUGUCUGAUGGCAAAGAUGACGGGGACACUCUACUCAGCUCAGUUGAUCUGUUGUCACCCAGUGGACAGGCUGAUGCACAGACAUUAGCCAUGACGCUUCAAGAGCAGCUGGAUGCCAUCAACAAAGAGAUCGGGUUGAUACAAGAAGAAAAGGAAAACACAGAGCAGCGAGCAGAGGAGACUGAAAGUAGAGUUGGUAGUGGAGGCUUAGACAAUCUUGGUCGUUUGGGAUCAAUGAGCUCCAUUCCGCCCCACCCUGCUUCUUCCCUUGCCAGCUCCUCCCCUCCAGGCAGCGGCCGUUCCACCCCAAGGAGGAUUCCUCACAGCCCAGCCAGGGAAGUAGACAGACUGGGCAUCAUGACUCUGUUGCCAGCAUCCAGAGAGGAGGCACGAGACGACACAACAACGAUAAAAUGUGAAAGCUCCCCUCCGGCCCUCCAGGGAGACAGGCUGCAUAAGGGGGCAUUGCACACAGUCAGCCAUGAGGAUGUCAGGGACGUGAGAAACUCGACAGGCUCCCAGGACAGUCCCGUGAGCAAUCCCAGCAGUAGUAACAGCAGCCAGGACUCGCUCCACAAAGCCCCAAAGAAGAAGGGCAUCAAGUCCUCUAUCGGCCGCUUGUUUGGCAAGAAAGAAAAGGGCCGACGUGGACAAGCUGGCAAAAAAUCAUUAGGACACGCUGGUGUUUCAGAGACAGACAAUGCAUCUCAAGAUGCCUCGGCACUGAGCAAACUGGGAGGACAGGCUGAAAAUAAUCGUAAACUUCAAAAAAAGCAUGAAUUGCUUGAUGAAGCCCGUAGACAAGGUUUGCCUUUUGCCCAGUGGGAUGGGCCGACCGUAGUUGUGUGGUUGGAGCUCUGGGUAGGGAUGCCCGCCUGGUAUGUGGCUGCCUGCCGAGCCAACGUGAAGAGCGGGGCCAUCAUGUCGGCCCUGUUGGACACCGAGAUGAAGCGUGAGAUAGGCAUCAGCAACCCCCUGCAUAGGCUGAAGCUGAGGCUGGCCAUCCAAGAGAUCAUACCUCUUCCCAACCCGUCUGCCCCUCCCAUGUCGCGAACGACACUCGCAUAUGGGGACAUGAACCACGAGUGGAUUGGGAACAAGUGGCUGCCCAGCAUGGGCCUCCCUCAGUACCGCAGCUACUUCAUGGAGUGCCUGGUGGACGCCAGGAUGCUGGACCACCUGACCAAGAAGGACCUCCACGGGCAGCUGAAAAUGGUCGACAGUUUCCACACAAACAGUUUCCAGCGUGGAAUUAUGAGCCUGAGAAGAUUAAAUUAUGACCAAAAAGAACGGGAAAGAAAAAGAGAAGAAAGUCAGAAUGAAGUAAAAGAUGUGCUUGUUUGGAGCAAUGAUCGAGUGAUUCGCUGGAUCCUGUCAAUUGGCCUUAAAAAAUAUGCAAACAAUCUUUUAGAGACUGGCGCUCACGGUGCCCUUCUGGCCUUCAAUGAAACCUUUGACUUCAACGCACUGGCGCUAUUGUUACAGAUCCCAACGCAGAACACACAGGCUCGUGCUGUCUUAGAAAGAGAAUUUAACAACCUUUCGGUCAUGGGGACUGACAGAAGGUUUGAUGAAGACGAUAAAAGCUUUAUGAGAGCACCAUCAGGGAGAAAAAAAUUUAGACCAAGGGAUAUUCGUGGCUUAGCUGCUGGAUCAACAGAGACUCUUCCCGCAAACUUCUGGGUUACUUCUUCGUCUUCACCCUCCAUGCAGCCAAAGAAGAUGCAGAUGGACGGCAGUGUGUCAGGAACACAGAGGUUGGAUUCUGCCACAGUCAGGACUUACUCCUCCUGCUAA